GCGAAGAUCAAGCAUUUCCAGCAGCUGCACUUCAUUAUCAACAUGACUUACGCUUUCACUAAGGUUCCGGAAAUUCAAAAGUCGAGCAAGAUUUAUUUUUAUACAUUUUCGAUAGAGCUCGUUGAGCUAAGUAAGAAUACGUGUGCUUUACAGUUUCAAAAACAAUGUUUAGAGUCCAAAAUUUCAAAAAACCCGACAUGUGCUAACCCCAUGAUCUACAUAAUCAACUAGCUGAAUUACAGAAAGACUACAUUCGUUCAUUGCCUCCCAACCAGGAGAGGCUAAUACUGUAUCGUGAUCAACCGAUAGCGAUUAAAGAGCUAGAAAAAUUGCGAAACAAUAUUGGUGGUCUUGUAUCUAUGAACAGUUUUCUAUCUACAACGAAUGAUCGAGAAGCAGCGAUCUUCUUCGCUGGUGGUGGAAUCUUAGGAAAUCCAGAAACACAUGUAUCGGUUUUGUAUGAAAUGACAAUCGAUACAAGUAUACAAUCAGUACCAUAUGCCAAAAUUGAUUAUACAUCAAUCUUUAGCGAUGAAGAUGAAGUUCUAUUUUCAAUGGCUUCCGUGUUUAAAAUUGGCGAAAUAGAAAUGGUCCGUGAACGGAUGUGGAAUAUAAAAUUAACAUUAACGGAUAAAGAAGAUGAGCAUUGGAAUAAAUUAACAGCCCAUCUAAAUUAA